AUGUCUGCCAACAAAGGAUGGUGGGUGCCACCUGAGGGGGAAGACAGUGUGUCCGAGAAAUUCCUGAGGAAGACCAGAGAGUCUCCACUGGUGCCUAUAGGCUUAGGAGGCUGCCUGGUGGUGGCAGCAUACAGGAUUUACCGGCUGAAGGCUCGUGGUCCCACCAAGAUGUCCAUACAUCUGAUUCACACCCGAGUGGCAGCUCAGGCCUGUGCUGUGGGGGCAAUCAUGCUGGGUGCCGUGUAUACGAUGUACAGAGACUACAUCAAGAGGACAGCACAGGAUGCUGGGGAGAAGUAG